AUGAUUUUACUGUUGUACCUGAAAUAUUAAACUGUAAAACAUACAUUCAUAAUUGUUUAUAAUGUUUGUUAUCUCCUGAAUCAACUUUAAAAUGCAUAAUAUACUCAGAAGGAUACACAACUUCUAACUCAAGUGGAGAUUGCUAUAAACAUGAUCUAACGAAUUCAAUAAUAGUAAUUGAGGCAUAUCUCAUUAAAUAAUGGUUGGAUUUAAAGAAUUUAAAGUUUUAUGAUGCAAUACUUACCAAAUAAAUACUUUUAUCCUAAAUCAUAUAUUAAAGGGAGAAUUGUGUAAUUUCAUGGAGGCUAUAAAUAAGGCGGAUAAUCUAUAUGUGAUAAAUUUUGUGGUUUAUCCUGUUUAACAAAUGCGGAUGAGUUUUAUUUUGCAAAAUGCCCUUUGAACUAUUAAUAACAGCCUAUAAGCCUAUAAGCCUAUAAGAGAUUAAUAAAAGGAGAGUGUUCCUAGUACACUUAACUAUGCUAAAUAUGUUAAAGUAGAACUACAGAUGAGAUUUAUGUAAUUUAUAAUCAUUAUUAAUAUAGAUCGCAUAACCUAGUUAUGUUUUAGAUGAUUCAAAUUAUAUUUAGACCAAGAAAUGUUUAAGGCCGAUUAAAAAUUGAAAUAUAAUUUAUGAUUUCUUAUUUGCAAAGUGCCAGGUAUUGCUUAGAAUCAAAUUGUCUAAAUUAGCUUUUUUAUGAAUAAAAAUUUCUAUAUUUUGGAUACAUUGUUGUAUUUUGGCCUUUUGUCUAUGACUAUGGUAUUUAUUUUUAAUACGAAAUUUAGGGCUCAUUUGUGGAAUAAGAUAAAUAUAAUUGCACAUAAUAUCAGUUAUCUAAAAUAAUAGAUACAUUAUUCUAUGAGUUUAUAAAUGCAAUAUAUAGUCUUUCUCCCUAAGCCUUAUAAAAAUCAAAGAUAUUCUCUCUACAUUAAAUCAAUUUUGAAUUAAUAUCUUUUAAUACAUUACUUAUAAGACCUCUAUAUUCAAUUAACAUUAGCAAUUUUUAUUAGAUUGAGAUAAACCAUUUAUUUACUCAAUCAAGUGCAUUCAUUAUCUAAAAUUAUAAUAGCAGAGUGGAUUUAAAUAAUUGA